CCGCGCCACCGCCAUUACUCGGCCGACGCGCGACCCGUUCGCGUGCCUCUCUCUCGCGACUAAACGACGCGCCGCGCGCUCGCGGCCCCUACGCCAUGUUUGACGUUUUCGGCUCCGUCAAGGGCCUCCUCAAGCUCGACUCCGUCUGCAUCGACAACAAUGUGUUCCGACUCCACUACAAAGCCACAGUGAUCAUACUUAUCGCCUUCUCUUUGUUGGUCACCUCCCGACAAUACAUCGGCGACCCGAUAGAUUGUAUUGUCGACGAAAUACCCCUCUCUGUUAUGGACACGUACUGUUGGAUUUACUCGACGUUCACGAUCCCGAACCGGCUCACGGGCACCGUCGGACACGACAUGGCGUAUCCGGGCGUUGCGAUGCACGUCAACGGCCAAGAUGAAGUUAAAUACCACAAGUAUUACCAGUGGGUGUGUUUUGUGCUGUUCUUCCAAGCUAUUUUGUUCUACGUGCCCCGUUAUCUGUGGAAGACAUGGGAGGGCGGGCGCAUAAAGAUGCUCGUUCUCGAUCUAAACUGCCCUAUCGUCGAGGAAGAGAGCAAAUGCGACCGCAAGAAGCUUCUAGUCGACUAUUUCCACGCGAACCUGCACACGCAAAAUUUCUACGCGUUCCGCUUCUUCAUAUGCGAAGUGUUGAACUUUAUCAACGUGGUGGGACAGAUAUAUUUCAUGAAUUUCUUCCUGGACGGCGAGUUCUGGACGUACGGCCGUGAUGUGGUGAGUUUCACCGAGAUGGAGCCAGAGGAGCGUACCGACCCGAUGGCGCGCGUGUUCCCAAAGAUGACGAAAUGCACAUUCCACAAGUACGGUCCCUCUGGCACGGUGCAGAAGUUCGACGGGCUGUGCGUGCUGCCGCUGAACAUCGUGAACGAGAAGAUCUACGUGUUCCUAUGGUUCUGGUUUAUCAUCCUUUCUAUUCUGAGCGGCAUAUCUCUGAUAUAUCGCGCGGUGGUGGUCGCCGGGCCGAAGGUUCGUCUGUACCUGCUCCGCGCCCGCAGCCGCCUCGCCCCGCAAGAGCAGGUAGAAUCCGUUUCCCGUAAACUUCAAAUAGGGGAUUGGUUCGUCCUUUACCAGCUCGGAAAGAACAUCGAUCCUCUAAUUUACAAAGAACUGAUGGUGGAGUUGUCGGAAAAGUUCGAGGAAGCGAAGGAUUCGGUUGUCGCGUAAGCGUUGUUGCGUCUUUAAGAUGCAUUCGGUCGAAUGUGUUUUAAAGAUGGCCGGGCGCUGGCAACGUCGCGUUCCCACAUUCCAUUAGUGCCCGGGCAUGCUCCCCAGACUGCUUUGUUCUUUCCAAACUAUACUAAGUUCCGACUGAGGCGUGCCAGCGUAUAUUGUAGUAUCUCUGAGGCAGGUCGCGGUCAGGCCGCCGUGGCAGCGUUGCGAAUGGGUUCUUGACAUGUCUGGCCAAAAUGGAAGCCUCGGCGCCUGAUCUCGUGCCUUUUAGUGUGACUAUGGGAUGUCUCAUUGUGAUAUUGUAAUUAAUAUAAAUCUAAAUUAA